CUAAAUAAACCCCUUUUCUCGAUCAAUUAAAAUUUAAAGUUUCAAACACCCAACAAAAUUUUUCAACUCUCUGUUUUUCCCUUCGCUUAAUUUUUUUUUUGUCUUUUCGGCAAUUUUUGAUAUUCAAAAUCAGACAAAUGGGGAUAUUGUACGGGAUUGUAGCUCGAGGGACGGUGGUACUGGCGGAGUAUACGGCAGCGUCUACAAACGCCGCCACGAUUGCGCGUCAAAUUCUGGAGAAAGCUCCCGGAAAUAACGACACCCAUGUGUCGUACUCUCAGGAUCGCUACAUUUUUCACCUUAAACGCACUGAUGGUCUUUCUGUUCUUUGUAUGGCCGACGAUUCCCUUGGCCGUAGAAUACCAUUUGCAUUUCUUGAAGACAUACAUCAAAGAUUUGUGAAGACUUAUGGACGUGCAGUACUAACAGCUCAAGCAUAUGCUAUGAACGAUGAAUUUUCAAGAGUUCUGAGCCAGCAAAUGGAAUAUUAUUCAAGUGACCCAAAUGCUGACAUAAUUAAUCGUUUAAGAGGUGAAAUGAGUCAGGUGAAAAAUGUAAUGAUUCAGAACAUUGAUAAAGUGCUAGAUAGAGGUGAUCGUUUGGAGCUACUGGUUGAUAAAACUGCCAACUUACAAGGAAACACAUCUCGCUUCAGAAAGCAAGCUCGCCGUUUUAGAAGCAAUGUCUGGUGGAAAAAUGUUAACUUUGUGGUUGUUCUGAUUUUCAUUCUCUUGAUCAUUUUAUAUGCUGUGCUUGCUUUCAUCUGCCAUGGACUUGCACUACCAAGCUGUCUGAAUUAAUGAUCGUGCUGGUUUGCUGCCGCGGCUCAGUGAAAGAUGAGAUCUCCUGGUUCCUUUCUCUUUGUGAUGUUUCAUACGUUGUAGUUGAUAAUCUGGUUUGCUGUAGAUUUACACGGUGUUAUGUGUACAGUGUUUUUGGUGUUUCUGUACAGUAGUAUAGAACUCUUUGUAGCUUUGGAUCUUAAAUUCUAAAUCGAUGAAGAAAUAAAUGUCCUUUUUAUUUUCUGAAAA